AGUGUAGCAGAAAACGACAAAAGCAAAGAGUAGUGGCUCUUAUCCAUGCAUGCACUCCACUCAGCAAUGGCCUGACAUGAACGACAACAUCAACAACCACUCCAUCUCAGCUUCUCCACCACUGACAUGAUCACCACUUCCCCAACUUCUUCCUCAACCACCAACCUUGGAGGAGCACAACCUCUUUCGCUGCGCUUCCUAAGCAAACCACCGCUUCUAUCUCUCACCCUCUUCUUCCCCUCCCACUCUGCUUACAAGGGCAUUGCGGUUUCCUCAACUCAGUGCAAACCCAGAGUGCGGUGUGAGAAAGAAGCAGGGAAUGGUAACCAUAAUGGGGUAGAGGAAGAAAAUGAAGAGGUUGAACGUGAAGUGCAGUGUGAGGUUCAAGUGGUUUCUUGGAGGGAAAGGAGAGUUAAGGCUGAAAUUUCUGUCAAUGCUGACAUUGAAUCCACUUGGAACGCUCUCACUGAUUAUGAGCAUCUCGCUGAUUUCAUUCCAAACCUUGUGUGGAGUGGAAAAAUACCUUGCCCAUAUCCUGGACGGAUAUGGUUAGAGCAAAGAGGAUUUCAAAGGUCAAUGUAUUGGCACAUAGAAGCUCGAGUUGUGUUGGAUCUUCAAGAAUUCAUCAAUUCUGCAUGGGACCGAGAACUUCACUUUUCCAUGGUUGAUGGAGACUUUAAGAAGUUUGAGGGCAAAUGGUCUGUAAAAUCUGGAACAAGAUCUUCAUCAACUAAUGUAUCUUAUGAAGUUAAUGUUAUACCAAGAUUCAAUUUCCCAGCCAUAUUCUUGGAAAGGAUUAUCAGAUCUGAUCUUCCCGUGAACCUCCGAGCCUUGGCAUUUAGAGUUGAAAGGAUUAUUUCAGGAAAUCAGAAACUUUCCCUGCCAGAAAAUGACUUGGACAAAACUUCUAGUGAUAUUUAUGGUUCAUGUACCCAAAAGACAAAUAGUUCUUCCAGUGAAAAUAAUAAGUUGUCUCCUGGAGAAAACAAAGAAGAUUUAGUUCGCUCAAUUUCUGGUACUAUGCCCUUGUCUUCCAGUGAGGUGAAUGUCAAUAAUUGGGGUGCAUUUGGAAAAACUUGCAGUCUUGACAGGCCUUGUGUGGUGGAUGAAAUUCAUCUCCGUAGAUUUGAUGGACUUUUGGAAAAUGGAGGUGUUCAUCGCUGUGUUUUUGCAAGCAUAACAGUUAAAGCUCCUGUUAGUGAUGUAUGGAAUGCCAUGUCUUCCUAUGAGACUCUUCCUGAAAUAGUUCCAAAUUUAGCUAUCAGUAAGAUUUUAUCACGAGAUAACAAUAAAGUCCGCAUUCUCCAGGAAGGGUGUAAGGGCCUGCUUUAUAUGGUACUUCAUGCUCGUGUUGUGCUGGACUUGUGUGAAUAUUUAGAACAAGAGAUCAGUUUUGAACAGGUUGAAGGGGACUUUGACUCAUUCCAGGGAAAGUGGACUUUUGAGCAACUCGGAAAUCAUCAUACACUGCUAAAGUACUCUGUGGAGUCAAAAAUGCGCAAAGACACUUUCCUUUCUGAAGCUAUCAUGGAAGAGGUCAUUUAUGAAGAUCUCCCAUCAAACUUGUGUGCAAUAAGAGACUACAUUGAGAACCAGACAGCAUCAAAUACUUUGGAAAGUAAGCAAAAUACAAAUUCUAGGCAGCAAACUGCUUCAUCUGGCUUUGCAGAUGACGACAGCUAUUGUUCAGCUGAAGAGUUGUCUGAUUGCAAUGCUCAAAGUUUAUCUCAACAAAGACGAAGAGUUCCAGGAUUACAAAGGGACAUUGAAGUCUUAAAAUCUGAAAUCCUGAAAUUCAUUGCAGAACAUGGACAAGAAGGAUUCAUGCCAAUGAGGAAGCAACUUCGUUUGCAUGGAAGAGUUGAUAUUGAGAAGGCUAUAAAUCGCAUGGGGGGGUUCAGAAAGAUUGCAAUUAUGAUGAACCUAGCUCUGGCUUACAAACACCGCAAACCAAAGGGUUACUGGGACAAUCUUGAAAAUUUGCAUGAUGAGAUAAGUAGAUUUCAAAGGAGCUGGGGAAUGGACCCUUCAUUUAUGCCCAGCAGAAAGUCAUUUGAACGUGCAGGACGCUUUGAUAUUGCACGUGCAUUGGAAAAGUGGGGUGGACUUAAUCAGGUUUCUCGCCUUCUGUCCCUCAAGGUGAGGAGACAGAGAAGCAAACAGGGCAACCUUGACAAGGACAAGAAAGUUGAGGAUGAUGUAGCAUCAUCACCUGAUGUAUAUAUUGAGAUCAAGACACCAUCUAGACCCACUGUUUCUCAAGAUCCACAAAAAUGGCUUACAGAAUUAACACAGCUGGACAUAAAUUGGGUUGACUAAAAGCAGUAUAUACAUAUAUAUUGGUUCAAAUAGAAUUUUGUGCUUACAUUUACACAACAUUCUUGAUUUCGUCUUUCUUGGCCUUCUGUCCAAAUUGGCUUGAGGGAAGGUACUUAUCAAAGGAAAAACUCCACACUGGUAGGGGACUUCGAUUUUUAUUGGCAUAGAAUGAAAUCUUUCUUAUUUUGUUCCUUCA